AAAAAAAAAAAAAAGAACGAAAGGAAAAAAAAAGCAAAGCUCUCUCUCUCUAUCUCUCUCUUGUUCACGCACAUCAAAAAAGCCACCCAAAAAAACAAAAAACCGAAACGCAUGCAUUUCUAAUUUUCCAUCCUUCUCUUUAACUUCCUCUUCUCCUCUCCAUCAUCAUCUCUAAACCUCUCUCUCUCUCUCUCUCUCCAUUCUUCAAUGGCCGUUGAUGCUCACAAUCUCUUCCUCUCUCCUCCUCAACUCUUCCCCAACAGAGAGUUCAUGAUGAACAAUAACACCACUAUGGAACCAACCAGUGGCGGUUUCUGCAAUAACAAUCAAACCGGUUACGGCGUCGUUUCACCUUUCUCCGUUACCGACGAUACAACAACAACCCCAACGCCUCCUUCCUUUCUUCAUAUGUACGGCAGCGGCGGCGCUGAUACUACUACCCCGACCACCGCAGGUUACUACGCCGCCGAUGGUACUACUACUGCCACUACUACUAGUCUGGACUGUGAUUUCUUCCCUCUACAGACGAGAAAACGCUCCAGAGAGUCUUCUUCUACCAGAUCGAAUUAUUAUCAUAAUCAUCAUCAUCUUCUUCUUCAGAACCAGAGAUCAUCAUCAUGCGUUAACGCUGCAACAAGUACAACUCCGUUUUCGUUUCUUGGCCAAGACAUUGAUAUCUCUUCACACAUGAAUCAGCAACAACACGAUAUCGACAGAUUCGUCUCCCUUCAUAUGGAGAGAGUGAAGUAUGAGAUAGAAGAGAAGAGGAAGAGGCAGGCGAGGAUGAUCAUUGAGGCAAUAGAGCAAGGACUCGCUAAAAGGCUUCGAGUCAAAGAAGAAGAAAGAGAGAGGAUCGUCAAGGUUAACUACGCUCUCGAGGAGCGUGUGAAGUCACUAUCCAUCGAAAACCAAAUCUGGAGAGACCUUGCUCAGACCAACGAAGCCACCGCCAACCACCUCCGCACCAACCUCGACCAGGUUCUCGCGCAGGUUAAUGACCUACGCUGCGCAGGAGGAUCGGAUGCUGAUAAUAACAACAACGAAGAGGACGAUGCGCAGUCGUCGUGCUGCGGGAGCACUAAGGCGGCGGAGGGGAGGAAGUUGUGUAGGAACUGUGGGGAGGAGGAAUCGUGUGUGUUGCUGUUACCGUGCAGACACUUGUGCUUGUGUGGAGUAUGCGGGUCCAGUGUGCACACGUGUCCCAUCUGUACAUCUCCUAAAAACGCUAGCGUUCAUGUUAACAUGUCAUCUUCUUGACCUGACCCCCCCCCCUUCUUCUUCUUUUUUUUUUGUUAAAUGGAAAUUAUUUUUAUUUCAUUUUUUUCUAUUUUUAAAAACAAAUUGUAAGGAUACAUCAGUUGAAUAGUUUUAUUUUUUUUUAAGCUAAGGAAUCAAAAUCAUGAAAUCUAAACCUUCA